GCCGCCCUCUGUCUCCUACUGAGCCAUGAAGGGACUGGUCCUACUGUUGGUUGCCGUGACACUGGGGGAGAGAGGUCUGGGCAAUGUAUUGCAGGAGGUGGUAACCUGCGAUGAGAAAAGCGAUGGUGAACCAGCUGCGAGGCUGGCCAUGCAACAUAUAAACAAAAACCAUCACCAUGGAUACAAGUUCAAGCUCAGCAAGUUGCGUAGCAUCUGGACGGAGAAGGAAGGGCCUGGGUGCGUGCUGCACCUGGGCAUGGACCUCCAUGAGACCACUUGUCACGUUGUCAACCCCAAACCCUUUGAGGAGUGUGAGGUCCGAAGGAUGUGUGAGACACUGGUGAAGGCCGAUUGUAACGUGACAAUUAGUGUUGCCCCGGAAACCACCACUGCUCUCAGCUACGUCUGCAACACUGAACCCAUACCAGUUCAGACACUGAGGGAGAGAGUAGGACAGAGGAUCGUAGUGGAAAGAAGGAUGUGCCCUGAUUGCCCCACGCUGAUGCCCCUCCACCAUCCUGACGGGCUGGCCAGCAUCAAGGCUGCCCUGGCCAAGUUCAACAGAGAGGGCAACCACACCUUCGCCUUCAAACUGCUGGAAGUGGGACGCCUCAGAAGUGGGUGGAUUGACGAACUGGAGAGGAGCGAGUAUGCAGAGUUUGCUGUGGUAGAGACAGACUGCCCUGCCAAAGCCAGGAUACACCCACAGGCCUGCAAGUCGUUGUGCCCUGACCAAGCUCGUCAUGGCUACUGCAAGUCCUCUCUGAUGAGAAGCACGGAUGUGACAGUCGACUGUGAGAUCUACGAAGCAAAGAACUCCACCCAACCAUCUGGAACAGAUCCUAACAAGUGCAGGCCCCAUAUGGGCCAUGGUCCAGUCAUCCAUCCCACCAAACCUCCACACCAUAUGGGCCAUGGUCCAGUCAUCCAUCCCACCAAACCUCCACACCAUAUGGGCCAUGGUCCAGUCAUCCAUCCCACCAAACCUCCACACCAUAUGGGCCAUGGUCCAGUCAUCCAUCCCACCAAACCCCCACACCAUGGGGGCCAUGGUCCGGCCAACCGCCCCACCAAACCCCCACACGAUUGGAGCCAUGAUCUAGACAUCCUCCCCCCCAAACAAAUCCCAGCGGGCCAUGAAAUCAUCCGCCCCCUCCCCCACCAUCCCCUCCCAGGGGACCAGCGCCCUGUUACUCUCCCCUUCACUCCCUGCCAUGGUUUUGUAAAGAUCCCCCCCUCCAUUUAUCCCAUCUGCCCCUUCCCCCACACACACCCCCACCUCAUCCCCCCGCCCUCAAAAGGUGAAGUCCGCCCCCAUCCUAUAGGGGCCUGAACUAGUAGAGAAUGGUAUGUACUGUGCUGCCACCUAGUUAUUUGACGAUGUGUUAUGUAACAGUUUUCGACGUUGCGAAACAUUGGCGCGUGGGGACUUUUCAUGUGUGGGAUUUUUCUGUUGUGUCAGUGAAAUGUUUCGGUUCUGUCAAUGUUAACGCACUUUGACACUAAAAUAAAGGACAUGAAUACGUA